CGGUGAAGGUACCACGUGAGUGCCAGUGCAUGAGUCUCUGUGUCGGUAUACCAUGUGUGUUAGGCUAUAGUAUUUGGAUACCCAAUUAAUACUGUAGGUGAUGGAAAACCGCCUCGACUUAUCAUGUCUCCAUGGUAAAACCGUCAUUUUACCAGGGGUACAUGAUAAGGAAGGAAGACCAAUAAUUUCCAUUACAAUACCGUCGGAGACACCACCCCUGGAUAUUGUUCGUCCACUCCACUAUUUACUAUCCAUAUUUAGUAAAACGAGUCGUUCACGAGGAAUUACAACAAUCCUAGAUGCAAGAAAAGGACCUUGGAAAGUUGCUAGAUCGUGUAUAAAACAAGUAACGGCUGUCUUUGAAGCCGACGAACUAGCCCAGUUAAUUGUUUUAAGGCCCGAUGCUUUCUGGGACAAACAAAGAGUGGAAAAUUGCACAUCGUUACCUAAAAAGGAGAAUCAGGUUAUCUUCAUUCCACGAUCCCGCUUAAACAAGUUUGUGGACCAGUCACAGCUUCUACACGAACUUGGCGGCAAUUUCAUCUAUAAUCACGACAAGUGGAUCGAAAACAGACAGAAAGUGGAAGAUUUCUACGCGGACGUUGAAACGACCUUAAAAGAUCUCGAGGAGCUGCAUCAAUAUUUACUUAGAAGUCAAACGUUAAGAGCUAGUCAAUUUGAGGAUGCAAUAAAUACCAGUGCCGAUAUGGCCGAGUCGGCUAAAAUGCUUGUCCACAAUGCCACGGAAACAGGUCGAGAACUGAUUCAAAAUAUCGAGUACGAAAUUCGCACUAGAAAAUUUGCGACGGAAGAUUUCGAGUCAAUUUCCACGCCACAAGACGUGCUAGACACAAUAGAAAGAAUAGAUGAUGUCUUAGAUACGAUUAGAAAGAAACAACAAACCAUUGAACAAGCCUGGUCCAGUAUGGAGCGAACUUUUGUCAAUGCCAAAGAUUUAAGUCACUUAGAGGAGGGAGUUGUUAGGGUAACGAAUUGGAUUUUGGGGCAUGCAGAAACUUUGCUCAAUUCACGUCACAAAGUUGGAUAUGACGUUUCGUCUGCGGAGGAAUUACGUCGAGAACAUGAAGCCAUAGAGCUGCAGUGUUGGAACACAUAUGGGGCUUAUGCUGAAAUCAUUCACAAAAUUAAUUGUUUCUCUAAAGACAACUUAACUGAACAACACAAGGAUUUACUGUCUCAGAAAGAUUUCAUGGAUUUUGUAUGUAGAAGCUUUGCUUUAAGAUUGGAACGUAGAAGAAAUAUUUUGAUUACCUCUUUGAGAUUCUUUAGGCUGGUGGCAAAAUACUUCGACAAAACCGGAGAAGUAUUUGACUCUUUAGUUAUGGGCAAUAAAGUUAUCGAGUUUCAAACGGCAGGUCUUAAAUUAAAAGAACUUCAAGACAGUCAAGCAAAUUUAGAUUCAAUAGAAAGAGAAUUACUAAAAGAAGGAGAAAAGUUGUCGGAUAUGUUGUCUAUGCCGGUUAAGGACGCCUUGGGCAGAGAAAUAACAGUUGAUUACAGCGAAGACAUAGUAAACAUUCGAGACAUCUUGGACGCGACCACAGCAAGAAAAAAUAUUUUUAGCGACAGUGUCGAAUUACAGAAAUUAACUCUGGAACAAAUCACACACAUCGACUGUUACGAAAAGGAUGCAAAUCAAGCCGUCCAAUGGUUGGAUGAUUUGUUGCAAGUUAUGCUUAAAUAUCACUGUCAUGUGGGAUGCUCCGUUUAUGAAAUUCAAUCUCAGAAGGAAGAACAUCAAGUUUUUCAAGAGACCGCAAAGGAUACUUUUCACUAUGGAUGUCAAUUACUUAACGCUUCUUUAGUUUUGAGACAGUCAUGUAAACUACCCUUAGAGGAACACAAUAAUCUUUAUCAAAAACUCAAAAAUUCUUGGCAAAGACUUCUCAGCGUGAGUCAAGAACAAAUGACAAGAUUAAGAGUGUCCGCUGUUUUUCAUCGGUCUGUUGAAGAACAGUGCAACCAAUUGAGGGAUCUUCGCGAAGCUGUUGCCACAAUUCCUUUAAUGGAUUUAACGAAGAAAAAAUCAAGGGUUGCUCACUAUUUUAAUUGUAGAGAAAAACUGUUAGUUGAAGUUGGCAGAAUGGUCAGACUUGGAAGAUUGUUGAGAACCAGACUUAAAGAGCAAUUUCCAUGUUCAGAAGAAGAAUCCUUUGACUCGGUGGAAGAUAAUGAUAUAGCUGUUGAGGCCAUAUCCGAACGACUGAGUGAGGUUACCGGAUUAGCCGAGGAACUUGAUCAGACUUUGCAAAGUGCACAACAAGACUGUUCCAUUCUAAGUAAUUCCCGUGACGAUCUGUCUGAAGACUUAAGCACAGGAAGCUUUCUAAGGAGAAUCAUGGACACCGAGCCAUCAACAUCAGGAGGAGAUAAGACUCAAAAAUCCGAAGAUUUAAAAUCAGAUGAGGAAUUCAACACAGCCUCAGAAUGCACGAUACAGCAUUCACGAUCGUCUUCAUAUAACACAGCCUCAGAGUGUGAACAUUAUGCUCCUUGGUGGGAGUACGAUAAAGAAGACAAACGCGACAACAUAUCUAAGGAAAAAAUGGUACUUGCAGUGGGUCUUCCCCAAUUGCCGUUGCCCAAGACUGUGCUAAAACCAUCACCUGAAGUUCCACCUGGCAAAAUUGUUCAUGAAGUUAUCGAAACCACCCAUUUGAAGGUACAACAUUCUCACACGAUGGGUGUGAAGUCAUUUGUGCUGUCUUCUGAAACUGUCAAGGAUAAAAAUGCGGUUGGUUCAACCAGUAGAGAGGAAAUCAUAAGAGUAGGGACGGAUGAGGGAAACGAACAAGUUAUAUCAACCGAUAAAAGUGUUGACGAAGAAGAAUACAAGAGACGAAUUAAAGAGUGUGGUGAUUGGAUCAACCUCAAGGUUUUAGAAAUAACUCCAGAAUUAACUUCAUUGGGAGACACUCUUCCGGAGGCAUUGGAAUUACAAAAAGCACACGAUGAAGUCCUUAGACAAUUACAGAAUAAACAAAGUCCGGUUGAAGAACUUCUCCGACAAGCAGAUCAAUUGAUAGCAACACAAAGACCGAGAGCGGAAGUCUAUGCCGCAAUGGCAGAAUCUCUUGGAAGGGCAUGGAAAGAUAUAAAUUCAUUGCUUGAACUGAGAAAGAUAAUUCUCGAUUUGAACGUACAAUAUCACACCAAAGCAGAUGAGUUCUUCGACAACAUGAACAAACUGGAAUCUUCUUGCACAGAUAGCGUGGUACCAGCCGACAUCGAAGCUGUUAAAACUUUCCUGACCGUAAUACACGAUCUUAGGAGGGCACUGUUAGAAUCGUUGAUGAGCGCCCUCCAAACAGGAAAUUCUCUUCUUGGCAAACUCAAGGAACUUGGAGCCGAUGGCACACUCGAUUCGAGACCCGACCGAAUUCGAAUUUCUGUUAAUCAAGCAAUAUCACAAGUACAGGGUUGGAUGGAUCAGCUGCAUAUAAGAAGACAGGUCCUCGAAACCAUGUUCAAUAGAAGAAAGGCGCAGUUGGAGCAAUGCUUAGCUUUAGCAAUAUUAGCCGCUGAUUUACGAGAACUGGAGGAAACAGUACAUCACAGGAGGGAUAUGUUAUUAAACAGUAAUCAACUAGGUGAUUCUUCGUCAAGUGCUGAAUUGCUUCUGCACGAGCAUAAGAAGUUAUUACCAGAAGCACAGCAAUUACAGGAGAAGGCUCUAAAAAUAACGAAAGCUACUGAGCAGUUGGUGGCUUCAGGAUGCUUCGCAGGCGAACAGGCAACUCAACAGUCAUACACAGUUUUAUCAGCCACGACUGAUUACCUCGAAGAUUUGCAAAAUAGGGAGGCUUUACUGGAGAGAGUGAUCAACUUCUUCCGCACAGCACAAACGGUUCUUAAUAAACUAGACCAAAUCGAAAUCCAACUGCAGACCACAGACCUGUCAAGAACAUCACCCCAACUCGCCCAACUGCAUGCACAAUGCGCCAGCACGGUGGAGGCUGCCACCGCAGUCCCCAUCCAAGAAGGUUACGCAAUCAUCGACCUAGCGGGACGUGGAAGUCCCGGUACCGAAGGCGUCAAGCGUAUGGUGGAGGAACUGGAAAACAAGAAAAUUAUACUGGACGGUCUGUGUGUGGCUCAUAGAGAAGAGAACAUAAGAAUUAAUACGGCACUUAAUAACUUCCUUGAAAAGCACAACGAAAUAUACACUUGGCUAGUCACCAUUGCGGAAGCGUUUCUUCAGGGGCGCAGUAACAUGGGCAGCGAUUCGACCCAGUCAAAGGAUUUCUUAGAUCUGCAUAACCAAUUGCAAAAUGAUUUACAGACCAAAGGAAACGAAAUUAACUCGCUUCUACUAACCCUCCCUCCAAUUUUGGAAUAUUUAGAAGAUAACCAACGAAGAGAUGUGGACUCGAAAGUGGAGGAGCUUCACAAUCGCUGGAUGCAUUUGAAGAAUGUUUUGGAAACUAGGCUAGAUUUAUCUAAAGUGUACGUUAAAUUCCAAAUGGAGGCUGACAUUGUCAAUAAAGAAAUGGACCAGUUGGAGUCUAUUUUGCGACAAAAUAGUGACCGCAUCGACGACAGAAUGCUUAACAGCAUAUCUGAGAAAUUUGAAUCCGUUGUUCCGUUAUAUAAUUCAGCGAAGAAUACCGGCUUAACUUUCAUCAAUUUGGCUCAAAGGGUAUCCGAACCACAUCUCGAUACCAAGCGUGCUUGUGCGUGCGUGGAAUCCAUUCUGGAGAGAUUGUCGGGAAGACAACUAGUAGUGACGAGAAACUGGCAAACCUUCAACACCGAAGUGACCGAAAAACGGGAAUUAUUAGUACGCCUCGAGAAGACCAUGGAGGAGUGUACGCAGACAAUUUCUUGGGUAUCCAAACUGGACUCGCAGUUAUACCCGAUAAUAACCACCAAUUCGACGAAGCCAUCCGAAAUAAUCGAAUUAUUAGAGAACAAACUGGUAACAGUUCUUCCUGAAAUCAAAAAAGCCCAACACGAACUCGAAGAAAAGAUCCACAAAACCGAAGAACUGAUAACCAAGGCUCAAGCCUCCGAUGAUCAAACUGUGGCCGUCAAAAGUAAAUUAAACGAAGUGCAACAGCGACUCAUCGAAACAAAUUCCGAAUACCAAAUUUUACUACAAGUUUUGAUUGGUUACUUCAAAAACUUGGCGGAAAUUGACAAGAAGGCUGAAAACUUGAAUGCCCAGUUUGAUAAGAAUCUGAGGUCUGCUGGUGAAGUGGAAAAUAUUUUGAGGGAACAUGAACUGUCAAAGGAAACGAUCACGGAGCUGUUUAGGUUUGCCCAGAGCGAGUGUCAACAAAUCAGUGAAAGGAUUAGCAAACAGGAACCUGAAGAAGCAGCUAGUCAUGACAUCCAGAAACUGCAACACAUUUUGGAACUGAGAAGAGAGGCAUACGAGUCCCAGUGGAACCAACAACAUAAUGAUAUCUUGCUGCAACAGAAGCUAUCCCAGUUUACUAAUGAAUAUGAUAAAAUCAGUUCGACACUUGUCGACCUUCAUAAGAAAUUGGACGAUCACAAAGGAAAUUAUGGCGAAUCCGUUACUACAUCUAAGAAUAUUUCCCAAGUCUUUGAACAAGUAGAAACUGUAGUUAAGACUUUGGAGCAACGCAUCCAAACGUUUGUGAAUACCGGGGAGAAAUUGUUGGCAGAUCGCCAUCCAGAGUCUUCACAAAUCAAACAAAAAAUAACCGACGUUCAAGAUAUGUGGGCCAGCGUCUUGAAGGAAGUUGAAAUAACUAGAGGUCUUAUUGAUAUGAGCCUCCCAUACUUCCAAUUAAUAGAGCAGAGCAAGGAAUGGAUUCGAGAGGGAAAUCGCGAAUUGGUUAACAUUGCAAGAAAAUCAUCUUCCGCCAAACAUCCAGAGGAAGCUAAUGAAUUGCUCAAUGAAAUCAAUCAUUUCCUUCGCACUGAAACUGAACAGUCUGAAAGAAUUAGUAAAGUAUCUGAACUUUCACAGAAAUUAUAUAAUCAAGAACACACGACGUAUACUUCUCUUAUAAACGAAAACAACGAAUUGAUUUCAUCAUUUUCGUCGGUGAGACAUGACAUCGACAUUUUGGUACAUGACUUACGUACAGCUCGGGAAGAGGAAGCAAGAAAAGCAGAAGAAGCACGUCUAGCAGAAGAAGCAAGAUUAGCGGAAGAGGCAAGGCUAGCAGAAGAAGCAAGAAGAGCUGAGGAAGCAAGGAAAGCUGAAGAAGCAAGGAAAGCUGAGGAAGCAAGGAAAGCUGAAGAAGCAAGGAAAGCUGAGGAAGCAAGAAAAGCUGAGGAAGCAAGGAAGGCUGAGGAAGUAAGGAAGGCUGAGGAAGCAAGGAAGGCUGAGGAAGCAAGGAAAGCUGAGGAAGCAAGGAAAGCUGAAGAGGCAAGAAGAGCUGAGGAAGCCAGAAAAGCUGAAGAGGCAAGACUAAUCGAAGAAGCAAGAAAGGCAGAAGAAGCCAAAAAAGUUGAAGAAGAAAAAGCUAGAAAAGAAGAAAUACAAAAAAUUCAAACAGUGCAAAUUACAGAAGUCACCAACAUCGAACAUAUUCAAACUGGAAAGACCCCCGAACCAAUCAUCGAAGAAUCCCUGGAACCUCCAGAAUUCAGUUCACCUUUAAGUGAUGCGGUGAUACAGGAAGGCGGAAAAUUCACUUUCAUUUGUCGCGUAAUCGGAAACCCGCUUCCGGUGGUUACGUGGUACAAGGAUGGCAUGUCCAUUCAAAAUAAUCCUGACUAUUUAACAACUUUCGAUAAUGGAUUGUGUACCUUAACCAUAGAGGAAACUUUCGCCGAAGAUUCUGCUAGAUACACGUGCAAAGCUACAAACAUCGCAGGUUUGGCUGAAACGUCGGCUUCUCUGUCCGUUAAAGAGGCGGAACCCGAAGAACAAUUAAUAGCACCAUCCUUUACCAAACUAUUACAACCGGCAGUUGUGAAAGAAGGUUCUGUAUUCCAAUUCGAAUGCAAAGUUGAAGGAAACCCUCUGCCGACCGUUCAGUGGUUCAAAAACUCUGAAUGUAUUGAUAAUUCACCGGAUUACGUCAUAACCUAUAAUAAUGGAGAAGCCAUUCUUAAAUUUGAAAGAGUUAGUUUGGCUGAUAAAUCUGAAUAUUCUUGUAGAGCGACGAAUGAAGUUGGUGUUGCCCAAACAAGUGCCAAUUUAGUAAUAACACCUUCUGAACCUACGGAAAUUCCAGCAUUUGUGGUGCCGUUGUCUAAUAUAAUGGCGAGAGCAGGACAGAAAAUAAAAUUAGAAUGUGAGGUUUCAGGAUUGCCCCUUCCAAUAUUAACGUGGACACAUAACGGCAAACCAGUGAAGGAAACGCGCGAACUUAAGCUUCUCUUCGAGGGCAACACAACCACUCUCAUUAUUAAUGAAGCAUUCCCAAAAGAUGCUGGUACUUAUUCCGUAACAGCAAAAAAUAUUGUGGGUGAAGCCGUCAGUUCUUGUAGUGUUUCCGUGAAGGGACGUUUGCCGAACGAAACGUCUGAUUCAGAAAUGGCCAGUGACUUAGAACCAAUUAAACCAUCAAUCCAAUUGCCUCUUCAAAAUAUUACCAUUGCCGAAGGAAAUCGUAUACGUCUCGAUUGUGUAAUUGUGGGUCAACCCGAACCGGAAGUGAUAUGGUACCACGACGGAAAACCGGUGAAAGAAUCGGCCGAUUUUCAGUUACUGUUCCAAGGCGAUCGGUGUUCACUUGUAAUACAAGAAGCACUGCCCGAAGACGCGGGUGAAUAUAAGGUCAUAGCUCUAAAUUCAGCCGGAGAGGCGUCCAGUAAAUGUAUAUUAAGUGUUACUCCAGCUGGUGAGUCAGACGCAGAUUCGAAACCGCAAGAACAAAAAGCCGAACCUGUUGGAUCGCCGCCAAAGUUCAGCAAACUUCUCACUGACGUCCUCGUGUCGGAAGGAGAUAGAGUUAUUUUAGAAGGAAACGUAACUGGAGAGCCAAAGCCAGAAAUUAAAGUGUUACUAAACAAUUUGCCAAUUUCUAAUCCAGAACAUUUUAAAAUUAGUUACGACGAUGACGGCAGUUUCAAAUUAGAAAUAGACAGUGUCAAACCCGAAGAUAAAGGGGUAUACACAGUAAAAGCAACGAAUCCUUCAGGGGAAGCUAAAUGUUUCGCACAAUUAAUUGUCAAGUCAUUCAAGCCACAAGAAACCGUUAAACACGAAGAAGCUAAAAGUGCUCCGGUAUUUAAAGAACUGUUCCACGAUCGUGUUGCUUUCGAAAAUACUCCCACUAAAUUUGAAUGCAUCGUUACUGGAAAACCUAAACCCAAAGUCAAAUGGCUGUUUAAUGGAAAUAUGAUCUCUGGCAAAGACUUCUUAAUUUCUACUUCGGGUGAUCGUGAAGUUCUAUCCAUACCAGAACUCAAAAAGGAACAUCAAGGAACAAUCACUUGUGUUGCCGAAAAUGAAGUUGGGAAAGCAAGUUGUGCUGCCAAUUUGUGUGUACAAUCAGCCGCAUCUAUAACACUACCUGAUGCUCAGUUUGGCAAAGAAAUUACCCAACACGUUGAAUCAUCAUAUAAUGUAAACAGACAAGUUGAAACAAAAUCUUCCACAUCCACGUCCAGCAGAAUUAUUUCAUCAUCAGGAGAAGUCAUUCAACCACAAUCUGAAGUACAUAGUUAUACGGCACACGACUCGCAAAUAAUUAGUCAGAUCAAUCAACAACCUCCCAAUAUUCAAGAAGUACACAAGGUCAACGAAUAUCAUCAAGUUGGUAACCAACCGCCAGUAAUCAGUGAAAAAUCCUCAUCCACCUUCUCGAGUAGCAUUCUGUCAGAGACUCAAUCUAAGUCACUUCAGGAAGUUCAACGACCCAUCAUCACCAUUAAAACUCGUCCUCCAAAAUUCAUGACACCUGUUAUGGGAAAAAUUAUUGAUCAGGAAGUUGACGUAGUGCUGGAAGGAAUACUUGAUGGCCAACCAACACCAGACGUUAAAUGGACCAAAAAUGGAGAAGAUUUAUUACCGUCAGAUCGUAUUAAGAUUACAUGGGAAAACAAUCGCACCAGUGUAGAAAUUAAAAACUCUAAUGUUAACGACGCUGGCCGCUAUUCUUGUACCGCAAAGAAUGAGGCUGGAACUGCUGUUAGUACUGCCGAUUUAGUUGUUCGAAAGAAAAUAUUCCCACCAGUCUUUGGUAGGAGACUACAAGCUCAAGUAAUACAAAAAGGAGAAAGAAUUAUUAUGAGCGUUGAAGUAACAGGUACUCCAGAGCCAGCUGUAACAUGGUACAAAGAUGGAAUUCCCAUUGAACAGUGCCUUAAGGGUGAUCAUAAAAUAAAUUCAAUCGGCUUAUCACAUACUUUGGUAAUUGAAAAAGCUGAUAUGCAUCAUAAGGGUAAAUACAUGGUACGAGCAAUCAAUGAAGGCGGUGAGGCUCAAAGUAUUGCUGAUAUUGCUGUUUUUGAACCAACACCUGAUACAAUGGUGGAAGUUGUCAAAACUGUUGUGUUUGAGGAUGUCCGCAAACACGAAACAUUGACAUCAGCUGCUGAUAAGGUAUCGACUACUUCUACUACCCAACAACCUAUAUCCAUUCAACCUCAUAAGCCUGAAUUCAUUCAGCCUUCACCAAUUCUUACAAGUGAAAUCUCUCAAUCAAUGUCAUCAAAAUCUGAAAUGCAAACUGUUACUGAACAGCAAACUUCUCAGCAAAUUAAAACAAUUAAACUUGAACCAAAUAUCUUAGAUGUACCAAUGCCGAAACCAGUUGAGCGAAGAGAAACUAAACGAGAAGAGGAAUAUCAAAUUUUCCAUCCUCCACAACCAGCUCAAGAAGUAUUGGAAGAGAGGAAAACUGAGAUUCAAGAUACCGGAAUUGAAACAAGUUCAAUUUCGAAGCAAUCGUCUUUGCAAUACUUUGUUAAAAAGAUUAAAGGGGGAGAGCCUGAAAUUCCUGCGAAAGAAAUAUCCAUUCCGGAACCGAUAAAACCUGAAGUUUAUCAGAAAUUUCAAUCUCAAGAAACUCAUUCUCAGAAAGAAAUUUCUGUGCCAAUGAAAUUGCAGCCAGUUUCUGAAGUAACACAAUCUAAAAUGACAAUGUCUUCAACUCAAAACAUAAUUGAAGCUUCUCCAUCCACCAAAGUUUCAACUUAUUCCUCUUCUCAUGAAAUUAUACAAGGCCAAUCAAUUCCUCAGCAAUAUUCGGCGUAUUCGUCAUCUACUGAAACAUACAAUUUAAAACCUGAACCACCAGCGGAGAUAUGUUAUUCUCCUAAAGUUGAAAGUACGAAGACGGAACAUGUGUCAGAAAGAAUUAAAAAGAUUUCUGAAUCACAAAAGGAAUUACCUCCACAUGAGGUACCUCAAGGUGGUGUAAAAAUUUUUCCGUCUACAUACCAAGCACCUAUUCAGACAUUUUCAGAAAAAACUGAAAAAUCUUAUCUAGCCUCUUAUCAAUCAUCUUCUUCAUCACAUACUCAGUUACAUGUUGAGUCAAGUGGUAGGCCACUAUCUCCGAGACCAGAAGCAAUUCAAAUGGAAAAAAUGUGGACGCCAAAGGUAGAAAUUGACAAACCUCUCUCAGUAACAACUUCCACUACGGAGCAUCAUCAACAUAUUCCAGUUUCCAAAGAAAAAAUUUGGAUUCCAGAAGAGACCAAAAGUCAAUCGUCAUAUUCUGUUCAUAGUACUUUAGAAAAGAAGUGGACUCCUGAAAUUAAAUCACACAGUAUUAGUAAAGAAUCUAAAACUGUUGUUGUAGAUUCUCCACAGUACGUACAACAUUAUAUUGGUCAGGUUACCGGACUUCAUCACGAAAGCAAUAUGAUGAAAGAACAAACUUUACAAAGCUCUUCAGGUAAAACCGAACACUACGAAAUACACACAUCUGGAUAUGGAAAGGAACAAGUAAUUGAAGAUAGGAAUGUCAAACCUUCAGAGAUCAUUAAAUCUUGGCCACCUGCAUCUGUUAAACAAGAAGUUAUACCUCCACCAACACCAGAAAUACAUCCUUAUGUGGCGCCUGAACCUAAGACUUUAGACUCUUUAGACUACCUCUCAAUAAGACCAGUAUCUGUACAGGACAUAACUGAUGAAGUGUACUUGGAACCAGGGCCUCCGGCAGAAAUAGCAUAUGCACCACCUCCUCAAGAGUCUGUCCCUCCACCACUUCCACCUAAAAAGGAAUUCCGACAAGCUCCUCCAUUACCACUUAAACCUAUGAAACAUGUUGAGCCCCCCAAAAAGAUAAAGGAAAUUCCCUCCAAACCAUUCGAAAGAUUCCCUGAUUUAGAACCUUUCCCAUUCAAACCUGAUCCGGAGAAACCCAGGCACGCAAGAUCUGGCCCACCACCUACACCUUCUAAGUUUAUUAAAGGGAAAUUCACAGACAGUGAUUACGAAAGUGAUUUCGAGUCUGUCCGAAUACCCGCCAAAUGGAGACCUUGUGCCAGUGACACGGAAGAACCUAGUUACAAAAGAGUUAAGGCACCGAAAGCAACUUCUUCUGGUAGAUCUCGUUCGACCGAACCUGAACCAUUACCACCAUCUAAAUUUGACCAUCCACCACAGUUUCAAGGUCCACCUAGACCACAAAUAGAUUUUCAAGCCGGAAUUAAAGACAAGACGCAACAAAUAAAAAAAUUUACGAAACAUGUAAGAGAUGUUAAGAGGCCAAUUUCGCCACCGAAAUUGAAACCAGGUUCACCUCCGGUAUUUGUACAAGCAGAACCUAAGCCCACAAGUCCUAAGACUGUUCAACGAGUAGUAAUUGAUGGAUACAGCGCUGAUACUGACGAGCCAUUUUUUACGCAACAACAAAAACGAAAUACAAAAAUCGAAAAGAAACGUAUAUCGACGUUUUCUUCAUCAAAGAAGGAACUUGUAUCAACGCCAAUAAUCACAAGCGUUUCAUCUGAACAAGUUAUUGAAAACCAGGAUAAACAUAUAAAAUUGGAAAGCUUCCCAUACCAACCUGAUUUAACACCUAAACCCCAUAAACCAAAAUGCCCACCACCACCUACUCCUUCCAAGUUCGUCAAAGGCGAAUUUCGUGAAAGCGAUUAUGAAAGUGAUUAUGAGGGAAGAACCCAAACUGUAUGGGGUUUGAAUGAAUCAACUUCUUAUAAACACGUUCAACCCGUUUUUACUUCAUCUCAUGCUGGUCCACACACCGGACCAACUCCACCCCCACCUUCUGAAUUCGAUAAAAUUCCUGUAAGUACCGGACCACCAAGACCAAAAUUCGAACCAAUUGAAAAAGUUCAGCCUGCUCCAAAGCCUGUUAUGUUCAAACCUAAACCAAUUCAACCAGCACCCUCCAAUUACAUAGUUCCUAGAGAAGUUCCUCCUCAAACAAUAGUAAUUCAACCUGGUUCACCGCCUGAAAUUGCCUAUGCUCCAGGACCAAAAAAAACUCAGUUUUAUCGAUCUACAACAAGUGCCCCGUACCAUAACGCCAUUCAAACAGAAACUUCGAAUAUUGUACACUUCGAUGAAUCCACUGAACACUGUCACAGAACGGCUAGCUUCCAACAAACACACAAAGUUAUUAAAUUUGGAGAUCAAUACACGAAAAAGGAACAAAAAUUGGAACCAUUCCCCUAUCAACCUGAACCUCAAAGACCUAGGGGAAGAAGUGUUCCCCCACCACCUACACCCAGUAAGUUUGUGCCUGGAGAAUUUAGGGAGAGUGACUACGAAAGCGAAGUGGAGAGUACUAGAAUUAAACAGAAAUGGACUCCUAGUGGACCAGUAGAAAAUUCUCAAUAUAGAAGAGUGAGACCACCAUCUUCGACACGUUCAUCUAGUGUCCCACCUCCAUCUGAAAGGGUGAUGACUCCAAUGGAAUUUGAUACUCAGCCACCUGUUAUGAGUGUUUCAAGAGAUUACACUGACGGUGAAACAAGAAGGGAACAAUCUACAUCGUACAAAAGCUUCUCGGAGAGCAGAUCUGGACAAAUCAUGAAGAGGAGCCAUUCAUAUGAACCUCCAGUAAAGACAUAUAUUCAACCUGGUCCUCCAGCUACAUACGGCUAUGUUGCUGAUCAAAAAUUGACCCGAUCCUCUGCAACAAAAAUAGCUUCGCAGUAUAUGGACAGCAUGACAGAUACGUUCAAAUCUAAAACAUCUAGAUUUGCACAAGACAUAAUGAACGAUGUUAAUAAGAAAGCCAGUGAGAAGCCUAUUCUGAAGUCAGGCGAUGGAGACGCACAAGUUUACAGGGAAGAAUCCAGAGCCGCACAAUAUGGCACCAAACAUGUCGAUCCAGAUACAGGCCUAAUAUACUUUAAGUAUGAUUUUGGCUAUGAAUUUGGUAUCAUCUUACCUGGUGAAAGUAAAAAAGGUGAAAUUCCUGUGCCCAAGAAAACCAUAAUCGAACCACCUAAACGAACCCACGACAUAGAGAUGCCCGUUUACCACGAAUCCUCCCAAAAAACCCAACAAGCCCCCACACCCCAGUUUAAACCCAAGAAGUUCGUAGCGGGGGGUAAGUGGGAACCCACGUCUGAAAGUGAAAUGUCCGAAUAUGAAGGGGAGUUUAAAAAAAGGAGCAACGUACAAGGUUCGAGAUGGGAACCAUCUUCAUGUAGUCCUAUGUCGUUGUCGCCUAGUUUGCCUAGCACUUCUCCAGCUUUUAAUAAUACUUUCGCAGGCAGAGCUAAAGGGGCCGAAACACCUCCUAGUUGCCCAAGCACCCCCGGUAGUGCUCAUGGACGUGUGGUGAAUCCUGCUCAAGCUAAAGCACCUGUUUUUAUUACGCCCUUGCGAGAUAUUGCAGUAGUAAGCGGCCAGUCGGCCAAAUUUGAAUGCAUAGUUCAGUCCGAACCUUCACCAAAUGUCUUGUGGUCAAAGAACGGUCGCAUAAUUGAUAACUCCAAUGACCAUCAACUGCAUUACAGAAAUGGGGUCUGCCGCCUAACUAUUUCGCAAGCGUAUCCAGAGGAUGCUGGUACAUACUCUUGCACUGCCACUAAUUCAGUCGGUACUGCUAGUACGACCGCAACUCUACAAGUCCCAGGAGUUCCCUCGCAUAUGUAUGGUACCUACAGACAACUAAACACAACCAGAAGGAGUUCAUCCCCGGAAAUGCAAUUUUACACCCGACCAAAUUCACCUGAAAAUAGGCAUCAACAAGUCGGUAAGUUAAAUGGUCUACGCUACCGUCUAGAAAAUUGCAACUGAACAACAAAUACUACUACUAUUACUAAAAUUAAAAACAGAAAUAAUACAUUAAUAUGGUAAACUGUAUAAGGAAUGAACUAAUAAACAUUUGAUAAUAUUAAAA